AUGAAAAAAAAAAAAUUUAUUUUUAAGUUUUUAAAUAUAAAAUUUCUAUCGUUUUGUGUUUUGUGGUUUGAGGUUUUUAGUUUUUUUUUUUUAGUUUUAAAAAGAGGAUAUUAUAUGUUCAAAAUAAAAUUUAAUAUAUGGUUCCACGAUGAUAUAAUAGAAGGAAACAGUGUUUUUUUUUCAAGUUGUAAUAAUCAUAAGCUUUUUCACUUUUUGCUAAUAGCCCAUAGAAAAAAUAUUUUUUCAAUUAUACACAUUAAUCCAAAAAAAAAAAAUUAA